GGGGUGGGGGUGGGGGUGCAGGGUGGAGGGGAACACUCCCUGCCUGUACAAAAAUAACCCCCGAAGAAGCUAGCCAAGUAGUCGGCUGGAGUCUUUACAGGCUGUGGAUGCUCUCAGGGCUUCUGGCUGUCCCCUGGGAGCCCCACGGGGCAGGGUUCGCUCCCCCUCCGCAAGCCCACGCCGACUUUGGGAGUUCCUUUCUGCCUUGUAUGGAGGGCUGUUCCCGGCCGGUCUCCGCCCGACUGCUCUGACGCCCGGCCCUCCCGCUGCCCACCCCUGCCGCCUCCCCCGGACUUGCCCGGAGGAGCCAGACGGAGCCUCUCUCUGCCACAAGUCUCCUUGCCUGCCAUUCUCCCAUUCCUGCAUCCACCCCCACCGCUCUCCUCAGCGCCGCCACCCCCUCCUCCGCCCCCGCCUCCGCCUCUUCCUUCUCCUCGGCAAUCAAGGGAAUAAAUCAGGGAAGAAACCGAGAGGGAGACAGAGAGAGAGAGAGAGAUAGCAAGAACGCGCGCGAGCGAGCACCGGCGGGCUCGCCCAGGUCUGUUUGCAAAGUCGCUCUUGAUGGCGGCGGAGGCGAGGCGGCCACGGCGCGGAGCAGCCUACGCGCCCUAGUGGGUCCGCCCGCCGCCUCCUUUCCCAGCGCGCCGAUCGCCCGAGCCCCCCGCGCGAGGCCGCGCCCCCGGCCCGCGCGCACCCGCCCUCCAGACCAAGUCCGGGUAGCGGGCUCUUUUCUCCUCCUGCGGUUCCCAGCGCCGAUCCUUCUCCCUUCCAGCUGGGCGGAGAGGCGGGAUUGAUCUUCGAUCGUGAAGAUGGCUGCUCGCUGCCUGCUGGCCUUGACUCUGACACUUUUCCAAUUUUUGUUGAUCGGCCCCUCGUCGGAAGAGCCGUUCCCUUCUGCUGUCACUAUUAAGUCAUGGGUGGAUAAGAUGCAGGAAGACCUUGUGACACUGGCAAAAACAGCAAGUGGAGUCAAUCAACUUGUUGAUAUUUAUGAGAAAUACCAAGAUUUAUAUACUGUGGAACCAAAUAAUGCCCGCCAGCUGGUUGAAAUUGCAGCAAGGGAUAUUGAGAAACUUCUAAGCAACAGAUCUAAAGCCCUGGUGCGCCUCGCUCAGGAAGCAGAAAGAGUUCAAGCAGCCCACCAGUGGAGGGAAGAUUUUGCGAGCAAUGAAGUUGUCUACUACAAUGCAAAGGAUGAUCUUGAUUCUGAAAAGAAUGACAGUGAACCUGGCAGCCAGAGGAUAAAACCUGUUUUUACUGAGGAUGCUAAUUUUGGAAGACAAAUUUCCUAUCAGCAUGCAGCAGUCCACAUCCCCACUGACAUCUAUGAGGGCUCAACAAUUGUAUUGAAUGAACUCAACUGGACAAGUGCCUUAGAUGAAGUUUUCAAAAAAAAUCAAGAGGAAGAUCCUUCACUGUUGUGGCAGGUGUUUGGCAGUGCCACUGGCCUGGCCCGCUAUUACCCAGCUUCUCCAUGGGUUGAUAACAGUAGAACUCCAAACAAGAUUGAUCUUUAUGAUGUACGCAGAAGACCAUGGUACAUUCAAGGAGCUGCAUCUCCUAAAGACAUGCUUAUUCUGGUUGAUGUGAGUGGAAGUGUUAGUGGAUUGACACUUAAACUGAUUCGGACAUCUGUCUCUGAAAUGUUGGAAACUCUCUCAGAUGAUGACUUUGUGAAUGUAGCUUCAUUCAACAGUAAUGCCCAGGAUGUAAGCUGCUUUCAGCACCUUGUUCAAGCAAAUGUACGAAAUAAGAAAGUGUUGAAAGAUGCAGUGAAUAAUAUCACAGCAAAAGGAAUCACGGAUUAUAAGAAGGGCUUUAGUUUUGCUUUUGAACAACUCCUUAAUUACAAUGUUUCCAGAGCCAACUGCAAUAAGAUUAUCAUGUUGUUCACGGAUGGAGGAGAAGAGAGAGCCCAGGAGAUAUUUACAAAAUACAACAAGGACAAAAAAGUUCGUGUAUUCACAUUUUCGGUUGGUCAGCAUAAUUAUGACCGAGGACCUAUUCAAUGGAUGGCUUGUGAAAAUAAAGGUUAUUAUUAUGAAAUUCCUUCCAUUGGAGCAAUAAGAAUCAAUACUCAGGAAUAUUUGGAUGUUCUUGGGAGACCAAUGGUUUUAGCAGGAGAGAAAGCUAAGCAAGUUCAGUGGACAAAUGUCUACCUGGAUGCACUGGAACUGGGACUAGUCAUUACUGGAACUCUUCCGGUCUUCAAUAUUACUGGCCAAGUUGAAAAUAAGACAAAGAACCAGCUGAUUCUUGGUGUGAUGGGAGUUGAUGUGUCUUUGGAAGAUAUUAAAAGAUUGACACCACGUUUUACAUUGUGCCCAAAUGGCUAUUAUUUUGCAAUUGAUCCUAAUGGUUAUGUCCUGUUACAUCCAAAUCUUCAACCAAAGCCUAUUGGUGUAGGUAUACCAACAAUUAAUUUAAGAAAAAGGAGACCCAAUGUUCAGAAUCCUAAAUCUCAGGAGCCAGUAACAUUGGAUUUCCUUGAUGCAGAAUUAGAGAAUGAUAUUAAAGUGGAGAUUCGAAAUAAAAUGAUAGAUGGAGAAAGUGGAGACAGAACAUUCAGAACUCUGGUUAAAUCUCAAGAUGAGAGAUAUAUUGACAAAGGAAAUAGGACAUACACAUGGACUCCUGUUAAUGGCACAGAUUACAGUUUGGCCUUGGUAUUACCAACCUACAGUUUUUACUAUAUAAAAGCCAAAAUAGAAGAGACAAUAACUCAGGCCAGAUCAAAAAAGGGCAAAAUGAAGGAUUCAGAAACUCUGAAACCAGAUAAUUUUGAAGAAUCUGGUUAUACGUUCAUUGCACCAAGAGAUUACUGCAAUGACCUUAAAAUAUCAGAAAACAACACUGAAUUUCUUUUAAAUUUCAAUGAGUUUAUUGAUAGAAAAACUCCAAACAACCCAUCAUGUAAUACAGAUUUGAUUAAUAGAGUCUUACUGGAUGCAGGCUUUACAAAUGAACUUGUCCAAAAUUAUUGGAGUAAGCAGAAAAAUAUAAAGGGAGUAAAAGCACGGUUUGUUGUGACUGAUGGUGGGAUUACCAGAGUUUAUCCAAAAGAGGCCGGAGAAAACUGGCAAGAAAACCCAGAGACUUAUGAGGACAGCUUCUAUAAAAGGAGUCUAGAUAACGAUAACUAUGUUUUCACUGCUCCUAAUUUUAACAAAAGUGGACCUAGUGCUUAUGAAUCAGGCAUUAUGGUAAGCAAAGCUGUAGAAAUAUAUAUCCAAGGAAAACUUCUAAAACCUGCAGUUGUUGGAAUAAAAAUUGAUGUAAAUUCCUGGAUAGAGAAUUUCACCAAAACAUCAAUCAGGGAUCCGUGUGCUGGUCCAGUUUGUGACUGCAAAAGAAAUAGCGAUGUAAUGGAUUGUGUAAUUCUAGAUGAUGGUGGAUUUCUUUUAAUGGCAAAUCAUGAUGAUUAUACUAAUCAGAUUGGAAGAUUUUUUGGAGAGAUUGACCCAAGCUUGAUGAGACACCUGAUUAAUAUAUCAGUUUAUGCAUUUAACAAAUCCUAUGAUUACCAGUCUGUGUGUGAUCCUGGUGCUGCACCAAAACAAGGAGCAGGGCAUCGUUCAGCAUAUGUGCCAUCUAUAGCAGAUAUAUUACACAUUGGAUGGUGGGCUACUGCUGCUGCCUGGUCUAUUCUACAGCAAUUGCUUUUGAGUUUGACCUUCCCACGGCUCCUUGAAGCAGUUGAGCUAGAAGAUGAGGACUUUGCAUCCCCGCUGUCAAAGCAGAGUUGCAUUACUGAGCAAACCCAGUAUUUCUUCGAUAAUGAUAGUAAAUCAUUCAGCGGUGUAUUAGACUGUGGAAACUGUUCCAGAAUCUUUCAUGUAGAAAAACUUAUGAACACCAACUUAAUAUUCAUCAUGGUGGAGAGCAAAGGAACUUGUCCCUGUGACACAAGACAACUCAUACAAGCAGAACAGACCUCUGAUGGCCCAGAUCCUUGUGACAUGGUUAAGAAGCCCAGAUACCGAAAAGGGCCUGAUGUUUGCUUUGAUAACAAUGUCCUGGAGGAUUAUACUGACUGUGGUGGUGUUUCUGGAUUAAAUCCUUCCCUGUGGUCCAUCAUUGGAAUACAGUUUGUACUACUUUGGCUUUUAUCUGGCAGCAAACACUGCCAGUUAUGACCUUUUAAGACCAAACCUGCAUAAUUAAAACUUCAGACCCUGCCAAACCAUGAGCCCUCAGUUGCAUUAAAUUAGGGUCAAACAUGGAAUCAGCAAACCGUUAGCUGGGUCCUCCCCAUGGUAUAAAUCUAAGACUCAGACUCCUAAAGCACCCGCUGGCUGCAUGUCACGGUGCGAAAUCCUUAAACUUGUGUGAAUGCUACAUCAUCUAUGUAUAACAUCAAAGCAAAAUUCUUUGUGUGAUCUCUUGGAAAAUACAAAAGUUUGUUAUUGCAAUGUUGGUGAUUACAUGUAAAAGGGCUCCCCACGCAAUUGUUUAUGAAUCAUACAAAUAGUCUUGAUUUUGACCAGAAGUUUGGACCUUCUGCAAUCUUGUUCUUUUACUAAGAAAGUUCAGGGCAGGGUGACCACGGUGGUGGUGGUGGUAGUGGUAAUGAUUUUUGCCUUUACUUAAUCUUCUGUUCAAAAUUAUUUCCUGGUUGGUGUAGUCAGUAAUGGAAAGGAUAUAAAGAAAGAAUUAAUACUAAUUAUAAUCAAAUGAUACAAAUAUGGCUUUUGUGGCAAAAAUAUUGCCAUAGAAGAAUUAUGCCUUAUGAAGAAUGAUUUCUGCCAAAAAGAUAAUGCACAUAAUGAUCAGUUAAGUUCUGGUGUGGUAAUUUAUUGAUUGCUUAAAUAUAAUAACUAAGAAAUUAUUAACCUAAAGGUGCUUGAGGGUAAAAUUUGAAUAUAUGAUCUAUUUCUUUAUAUAUGUAAGCCCUUAAUAAAUGCUUCGAUGUGGUGUUCUUUUGUUCAAAGUAAAGUUACAUAGUGCUGGUCAGAUAUUUCAAAAUGCGCUAAGGAAAGCUUGUUGGGGGGGAGGGGGAGGUGUUUUUUUUUCCUGUGAUAAAUGAGCUUUGGUUACCAAGGGUAUUUUGCAUGAUACUGCUGCUAUUUUAACUUUUGGUUUGUUGUUCUCUUACUGUAGAGUGUAGUCCCUUGAGUGACAUUAUUGGUAUGUAAGAAUCUGGACCUUGCAGUGUAAUGCACUUAAGUCAUCUUUAAAAAUGUCUUUAAACUACUCUGAAUAUACUGUGCAAUGUAAAUGCUGAAUGAUUGGGUUAGGGAAAUGGUGAAAAGGGAAAUAAUGGAUUUUAUACAGAUUUGUGCUUUUGCCUGAAAAAAACCUAUGUACAGAUAUUUUAAGUACAUAAAUCAGAUCUGACACAUUUAUUUUUGAAAGUACAUAUAUGUUCUCAGUGAAGAUUCAUCCUAGGUUUCCUCUUUGUUCAUUUGAAUAGGAGAUUCAUGCUCGCUGCUACUGCUGCUGCUUUUAUUCCUCUAUUUAAAGGUAAAAUCACUUGACAAAAAUUUCCAUGCAGUUUGAUGAGAGUUUUAUAAUUGUCUGAACAAAUAGGAAACCGUGAAUCUGUAUGUAUGCACAUGAAUACUUGAUUGUGAAUAAUCAAAGUUGUUUUUAUACAGCCUCAUGGUAAAAAUGUUGAUUGUAGUAAGCCAGUUAUUGCAUUCUAGAUUAUUAUGGUAGCAAAUAUUAUUUAUGUUUUUAAAAUUAUUUUCAAGAGUAAACAGUAUUCGAAGAAAGGUAAAAACAAUGAAUGUGUAACUUUAUUCAUAGUGGGUAAUUCUGCUGUAGGCUGGGAGUAUACAGAUGUUUUUUAUGGUGAAAUGUGUUUUUUUUUUUUAACAUGCCAAAUGAUGGUGUGUGUACAUGUUGGGAACUUCCUUAUCUAUCAUUUUUAAAUCAAAAAUCUUAUGGACAUCAUCUAGCAUGUUUUAUGCUUCUCAUAUCAGAGAUAUAACCAAUUCUGUAGCAUAGUUUAAAAGGUAUAUUUGUUUUCUUUUUAGCUUUGCAUACAUUUGUAACUCCCUCCCACCACUAAUAUACGCUAGGUACCAUUUGUGUACACUUCCUUAUUUAAAAUAUUAUUUUAUUUAGAAAAAGGGGGAAUGGGAAAUGGAAUUAUUUUGCUAACUACUGUUCUGAGAGUUGACAUUAGUUACCAUUUUAAAUCUAUUGUUGUGUUUUGUAGUCUCAUUUGUAACUGAUAUUGGUAUUUUAGAUGACACCAAAGUGAUGUAAAAAUUACAUAACUUCUCACUCUAAUAACAAUAUGUUUAAAUCAUUUUGUUUGUUAACUGAGUAUUUAAUGUUUGUUAUCUUUUGCUAGACUUUUAACUCAUGAAAGUGUUUGGGAAGGGGAUAUAAGAUAUAAAACUGUUAAUUUGUGUAUAUAAAUGACAUAUAUCAAAACAGACUGCUUCCAGCAUACAACAAACUACCUUAAAAUUAUGUUUAAAAUUUAUUAAAUAUACUUUUUGUGGCCACAUGUCACUAAUAUAAUAAACCUUCAUCAGUUGCUACUGUUGUACUAUUCACAGUUAAAAUUGGCAUCUCUUGGCAGGAUCCUAUUUGAUUUCAUAUGCCAUCAAAAUAUAUUUACAGGUACCAGUCUUGCUCUGACCUUAUUUUGUUAUAAAAUAAACUUAUAAAUUAUGACAACCACAUACAUGGUAAUAAAUUGAGUAGAAUCUCUGACUAGAACUUAUUCUCAUGACUAAUGCCAUUCUUCAUGCUGUUAUGCCUUUUAAGACAGCAACACUCUUCCCAUUAAUUGUUUACAUUUAGAAUUUUUCCAUGAAUUUUGAUUAUUUAUAAGAACUAUAAAAAUAUAUUCUCAAAACUAUGUAGUUCAAGAGUUCAAGUGUAAAGAUUUUAAACUCUCAGUUUAGUUGUGUUCUGUUCAUGCACUAAAGUGUAGGCUAUCACAAUAGCAAAAUCAAAAUAAGUCUUGCAUUAGUGUUGAGUAACAGGAAUGUUUUUUUCAUUAAUACUUUAUUUUUUUCUCAUUUGAGCAACCAGCAUUACUGCCAAAUACAAACUGUGGUCCAUAUUUAUAACAGAUUUUUAACAUGACAUAGCAAGUUUGAUUGAAAAGAUUUUUAGGUCCUGGGCCUAUAAGAUUUUAGUAUGAUCUUUUUUCAUGUUUCUAAUGCUUGAGGAGAUAUUGCUUAACUUGGGGAAAAAAAACAGUGUUGCUGUAAUUUGUAAGUUUUCCUAUAAUAUUCCUUUUAUUAACUUAAAACUGGCCUUACUGGGUUCAAAUAGGCAGUAUCCCUUUUAAGUGGCCUUUGCAACCCAAGUGUUACUUGCUUAUUUGAUGCUCUAUUGUACUUUACAUCACAUUUAAAUUCUUAUCUCCCACCAAAGCUUAAAAUCUAAUUUUAAUUUGAAAGUCUUAAAGUAGUCUAUCAAUUAUGUUAAAUGAUAAAAGAGAUGGACCUAAUGAAAUAAAAUUGAUGUCAUGACUUCUUAAGUGUAAAAUAGAUUAUUUCACUUGCUCAUAAUGUUAAAUAUUUUAUUAUCUGGGACAUGUAUUGUGUUCCCAUAGUAGAACGUUAAUAUUUAUAAUAUUGAGUUUAUAUUUCUGUAUCUGUAAAGAGCAAAUCAAUAUAAAAACUUAUCCUCUGUAAAAAUUCCAGAAUUUCAAAGAAUUAAACACCCUUAAGACAAUAGUUUCAUCGACCAUAUUUCUAUUUCAUAUAAUUAAAAAAAAAAAACAUACAAUGGGAUACUGCCUUGUAUAGAUGCCAAUUGAGUUUACAGUGUGACCUGACAAAGCUGUUCAUUCUGUUGUUCUGUAUGAUUGUUAAAUCAUGCUUUUAGAAAUACUUUUAUUGAGAUGCUCAGUGUGUAUUCAUGCAAAAGGUCAAGUGGCUUUGUGAACAAGAUUCUUUCUCCCCUUUAUUAUGUUCUCUUGACACUUUUGUGGAAAUUAACUAACCUGAUAAAAACAUUUUGUAAAAAUUUGUAUAAUACUGUUAUAAAAAAUAUUUAUAAUCCCAGAAAAUGUUGUGUUAAAUCUUGUGCAAAAACAGUAUAUUCAGAAUAAAAGUUUAUCAUUUAAAGUCA